AGCCUGAGUUGGAGCAUGCCCAGUGAGAUGGAUGAGAUUCCACACAGUUUCCUGGUCUCCUACCACACCAAAGGAGCUGAGCCCCAGACCAUCACCACAGAGUCCUGCAGUGUAGCCAUCACAGGCCUGACACCAGGCAUUGGACAUACUGUGUCCAUCUUUACUAUAGUUCAGGAUGGGCGAAAAGGACAACCAGCAGUUACUUUCAUCAAAACAGGCAUCCCCAUCCCUGAGAAUCUAGUGGUGGGGUCUGUGACUGCAACAUCUGCCCAUCUGAGUUGGAGCAUGCCCAGUGACAUGGAUGAGAUUCCACACAGUUUCCUCGUCUCCUACCACAGCAAAGGGGCUGAGCCCCAGACCAUCACCACAGAGUCCUGCAGUGUAGCCAUCACAGGCCUGACACCAGACACUGAAUAUACUGUGUCCAUCUUUACUAGACUUCAGGAUGGGCGAAAAGGACAACCAACAGUUACUUCCAUACAAACAGGCAUCCCCAUCCCUGGGAAUCUAGUGGUGGGGUCUGUGACUGCAACAUCUGCCCAUCUGAGUUGGAGCAUGCCCAGUGAGAUGGAUGAGAUUCCACACAGUUUCCUGGUCUCCUACCACAGCAAAGGGGCUGAGCCCCAGACCAUCACCACAGAGUCCUGCAGUGUAGUCAUCACAGGCCUGACACCAGACAUUGGACAUUCUGUGUCCAUCUUUACUUCCAGAUGA